AUGAUUCCUGAAAUAUUGCGCUUGUUCAAAGUUAGAGAGUCGGCUGUUCGUACCGUGCUUCUGUCUCAUUUUCAAGGCUAUGCUCGUUAUAUCCCUCGUGAACGUCUUGUUGGUUUCGUCACAGAUGAGGUUAUCCAAGGAUGUCAUGACAGUGACGAUCAACUGGUUGCCGCCUCUCUUCGAGCAUUGGCUAUAUUGGUGGAGAUUGCGGGUGCUGAGCCGAUUUGUCCAUGGACCCUCUCAAAGAUAUUCGCCAACGGUUCACCAUUGAGAUCACGUGCGGCUGUGAAUGCGACUUCUAGCAAUUUCUUUAAUCAAAAUUCCGUCAAUAGCGUCAAGACAAACGAUCUGGUUGAGACUCAGAAUACUGAUUCCGCAACCGUCAGUGGUGGAAACAGAAGAGCUUGGAGCGAUGAGGUGAGCACUGUUUAUUGUUUAUUGUUCUUACACGGCAAAGCGUGUGGUACAAUGAAGACAAUUAGUAAACAAAACCAAAACAAGGUAACAACAAUGUAA